AUGUUCUUCUUCUUUGCUGGAGGGGUAGAGCAGCAGGUCCGGCAGGUGCUGAAAUCCGGUGCGGGGAGGUGCAUAGCGUGCAAGUCGCCGGCGGAUUUGGUGGACUACGAGAAGGUUCUGAAGCUCUUCUUUGUACCCGUAUGGCGGUGGCCGGGGAAAGAGCCUCAGAUGUACUGUAACAACUGUAAGCUCUUCCUUCCUCAGAACUAAGCUCUCCCGCCUCCCAAGGCUGAUUCCACGGCGGGGGACCUGCUGCGGUGUCGCGUUUGUGAACAAAGAGUCGAGGCUGAGUUCAGCUUCUGCCCAUAUUGCGGCUCAGCUAUGUGAGAGAGACAGAAAGUAGUUACUUCCACCGGUUAAGGUCUUGUCAGGGUUUAUGUGAGGUUUAUAGAUACCACAUAUGUAGUUGCCUGUCUGUGUUUGUGAAUUGAAAUAAAAACGAUGAGUUUCGUGUUUGUUGUCGUAAUAAGAA